UCAGAGAGAGAGAGAGAGGGAGACAGAGAGAGAGAGAGAAGUGGCUGGGGGUCUGAGAGAGAGAGCAGAAGAGAGGUUUGAGACUUGAGGCUCCUCUUCGAGGACCUCCUCUUCCACUGGCGUUCCUUGCAGAGCUGAGCGGAAAAUGCACUAUAGCUUCUUGCAGGGCUCGUUGCGUCCGGCCAGCGCGCGCGAGGAGACCGUCCGUGCCGGCUGAUUCGCGCGCACCGCGGACGCGCUCACAGUGCUGGGAACGCUCGCCGUGGACGCGGCUUUGGCGCCAUGGAGGACGCAUCUCUGGAGCAGCAGCCUUUCUGGGCGUUUAACGAGUCCUGGAGGAACUCCAGCCUCUCGAACUCGAGCGCCGCGGCCAACCAGACCGUCAACCCGCUCAAGCGCAACGAGGAGGUGGCCAAAGUGGAGGUGGCCGUGCUCGCGCUCGUGCUGUUCUUCGCUCUGGCCGGCAACCUGUGCGUGCUGCUCGCACUGCGCACCACCAAGCACGGGCCCUCGCGCAUGUACUACUUCAUGAAGCACCUGAGCAUCGCGGACCUGGUCGUGGCCGUGUUCCAGGUGCUGCCCCAGCUCAUCUGGGACAUCACCUUCCGCUUCUACGGGCCCGACCUGCUCUGCAGGCUCGUGAAGUACCUGCAGAUCGUGGGCAUGUUCGCGUCCACCUACAUGCUCGUGCUGAUGUCCGUGGACCGCUGCCUGGCCGUGUGCCAGCCGCUGCGCUCCCUGCGACGGCGCACCGACCGCCUGUACGUGCUGUGCUCGUGGCUGCUCAGCCUGAUCUUCAGCAUCCCGCAGGUGGGCAUCUUCUCGCUGCGCGAGGUGGGCGCGGGCGUCUACGACUGCUGGGGCGACUUCGUGCAGCCGUGGGGCGCCAAGGCGUACAUCACGUGGAUCAGCCUGACCGUCUACGUGGUGCCCGUGGCCAUCCUGAGCGCGUGCUACGGCCUCAUCAGCUUCAAGAUCUGGCAGAACGUGCGCCUGAAGACGCGGCGCGAGCGCGAGCGCGAGCGGCACGUCAGCAGCGUGGCGCUCAUCUCUCGCGCCAAGAUCACCACGGUCAAGAUGACGUUCGUCAUCGUGCUCGCCUACGUCGUGUGCUGGACGCCCUUCUUCGUCGUGCAGAUGUGGUCCGCGUGGGACCCGGCGGCGCCCAGGGAGGCCAUGCCCUUUAUCAUCUCCAUGCUGUUAGCCAGUCUAAACAGCUGCUGUAACCCCUGGAUCUACAUGUGCUUCGCAGGACAUCUAUUUCAAGAUCUGAAGCAGAAUUUGUUCUGCUGUCCAGCACUUUACCUGAAAUCCUCUCAGUGCCGCUGCGAUUUGGAGCACAACUCCAGCCGCAAGAGUAACUCCUCCACUUAUGUCAUCAAGAGCACCAGCAGCCAGCGGAGCAUCACCCAGACGUCCACCACAUAAGCCCUAAUCCAGCCGAAACUGACCGUGAUCACACAGAAGGACCAGAAAACAUCAGAGAAAUAACAGGACAGUGAGGUCACAGAAGGCUGUGGAAACUUGGACAGGAGCCUAAUGGGACUCAAUCUUUUGGGCACUAUUGGAAUCAACAGGAGCUCAGGCUCUGUGAUCACUGUGAUUACCUCCUGGAGAUGUUUAGAAUGUUCUGUCCUUAAGCAGUAAGCUCCUAGACAGCACAAAAAGACCAGCUUUAUGUCUCUGAGUGCUAGAAAAGGGGCAGAGACUGCAAUGUUGUAGCAGAUGCCACACAACCUUAAAUGGAGCCAAUAAAAUGCCUGGCUCCUAGAACCUGUUUGGGUUUUGGCUGCAAGAACAGAGGCCAUCUUAAAAGUCUUAGCUUCUGUUUUUGUGGGUUGUUUCUCGGCAAAAAACAUUCUUCUUUUGCCAUCACUGGAAUUUCAUAACAUCAAUGCCAUUAAUUCUUUACAAAAAGAAAGAAAUCUGAACUCUGCAUAUCUCUAUUUACUUCUUAUUUAAGGUCACCUUCAGUGAAGCUGCAUAUAUUUUGUGGAUUUACAUGCAUAUCUUUAAGUUGCAUGAAGACAUGAGCUAAACUCCAGAAUUAACUCAGAGACAGAUCAGUCUGGGUCAGUGGGCCUGUGUCCUCUGUAGCUUUCUUCCAACUUCUUUUUUAAUUGAUAUCAACAGGCAGUUGUUACUUUGACCCAUUAAGAGCUUGGCAUUGCUAUCCCUUUUCCUGGUCAUUAUUCAUGUCCAUUUUCCAUUGUCCUCCUGUCAACAUUCUUCUUUAAAAUUUUCCAUUUUCUUAACUUCGAUCUGAUUCAGAGUUUUGUGCCGUAACACUAUAUUAGUUGUUUUUAAAAUGUGAAAUUACAAAGAAUGUGUGACUAUUUUCCAUUUAUGAUUUUGUACUUGUGAAAGUAUGGUACAGAGUAAACUCUGUUGAAUUUAAGUAAAAAUAAUCUAAAUGUUACUCUAAAAAUAGAAGAAAAUCUUGUCUUGUUGCUGCAUCUUUUAACAAUAUUUUAAAGCAAAGAGCUUAGUCUGUUUACAUGACCAACAAUGAAGAGCCACAUCAUUUUUACAAUGACUUCAUGCUGCGAAGAAAAAAAUGUCCUACAUUUGAUAAAAUUGAUCUUUGCAGUGAAAUGAGGGGUGUGGUGUUACCCAGUGAAUAGCCAUAGCUAGGUUCACGACCUAUUGACGAGGGUAACAGGGAUGUGCUACCUGAGACAAUCUGAUGGAUGGUACAUCUUUCACAGUGUUUGCUCGUUUUUGUGAAGUUUUUGUUUGGGUCUCAUUUAAAAGGCUACUGAACUUUUCCUCUGAAAAAUAAUUAUGUCCAUUUACAGUUAAUAUAAGCCAGAACAUGACAUAAUUUAUUGAAAAUAAAGUGUAU